AUGAGCAUCUUUGCUAUUCCCCGGUUAUUUUCUUCGCGUUCAUCUGCUUCUUCACGACAUCCAGAUUUUCAUUAUUUACAAAUUCAAUCUCAAGGAACUUGGCUUCCUGCGUUUACCUCCCAUUUCCAAGCCGAAUAUACUAUUAUCCCCCUUGCCAACAGGAAUCCUCUUCCUCUUCCUUUGCUCCAUCUGUUUCUCUGUUCCUUUGCCAUUCCCCGUCUUUCUUUUCGUCUGCAUACUUCAGAUGGCGUAUGCCUCCUUGAGCUUGUGCGUGAUACCGACUCAUCCUCAAUCUCUGCUUAUUUGAAUCGAGAAGACGAUUGCUGUUCCCCUCCUCGUUUCCGCUUUUCUUGCAUUGAGGAACUCCUUCAACACUCAGCUUCUUUGGACAACUCUUCCACAAACUCUCCUCAUCUGCAAGAACAUCCGUCUAUUAUUUCUCUUUCUGAUCAUUCUUCUUCUUGCUCUUCUUCACCUCCUAAUUCUUCAGGCUCUGAUUUCUCGUCGUCGGAAUCGUCUGAUGCAUCCUUUGAUUAUACCACUCUGGCAAACACCAAAGACCCUCUUGUCUCCCUUGACAUUUUGGAUGACUCUUUCUCCUUGACUAUCUUUGAUACAAACCAAGUAACAAAAGCCGUACUUGUGUUGGAAUUGCAUGUUCCCAUCUUUCGUGAUUUCCUUUCUCUAGAGAAAUACGUUCCGCUAUCCUUCCUACCUUCCAACUUUGACAUCGCUCUUUCCUUUCUGUCUCCGAUUUCUUCCCCUCAAUCCACCCUGCAACUAUCCGUGGAUCAGGUCAGCAUGGGCAUUCCGAAAUCUACGCAAACACGAAUAAAAUCCUUUGACAAAAGAAAACGAGAAACGCAUUCGGAAGAAGGAGGACAAACUACUUCUUGGCCACCCUUUUCGAUGUCUGAAUUUACUUUCAAACUUGGUCCACAGUUACGAGUAUACCAGAAACCUCUUUCUGUUUGGCGCCCCGAAAGCUCCCUUUGUACUCUUACGGCCGAAAUUCAAACUAUUCCUUUAAACCAAGAAGCUUCCUUGUUUGAAAUCUCUUGCAAACUUACUUUUGCUUGUGAGUCGCUUAAAUUUUUAAAACUUCUUCCUUCUCCUUCUCAAAUGUCAUCUUCAUCCCCUGCUUCUAAACUUAAACCACGUUUCUUUAUUCUUGUCUCCGAAUCUUUCAUUAAUCAAGAUUUAUCAAAGUUAGCCCCUCUUCGACUCAUUGGCACAGAUCCACCUAAUUCCACAAACGUUGAUUUACAAGGCUUUCGUAUAUGUGAAUUUGAAGCGGGCUUCCCAUUUUCUAGCUGUACGUACUCGUUUGUGUUCCAGCAAGUCACUGAAUCCGGCGCAAAGGCGUAUGUGCCAAUGGUUUUGUCUCCUUUGCCAUCUCUAUGUAGUCUAGAGAUUGAACGACCUCCUUUUCCUUGUGAAGUCGUCGUCCCACAUACUGCGAUUACCGACUCCUGGAUUCCCAAUAAUUCGAAUCAAUUAAAUGUCCUUUCUUAUCAUCGAAAAAGUUCCAGUCCUUGUGUACGACCCUUUCAGUUUCAGGUCAGCAAAUUACCUUCGUUUUCUAGCCCGAAAUUUCCUUGGCCUAAAGAGUAUACUUGGAUCAGUUCCUCCACACUCUCAAUUCAGCCCUCUGAUGGUGGUAUGGAUGUUUUGCUAUCCAUGAACAUUGUUUCUUCCCUAAAACCAGGAAAGGAACUCAUCCGUAUUGUUCAGCCCAAAUAUUCCUCAUUAAGUUGGGGCAUGGUGAACGGCCAUCCAAAAACAGAACAUCGAAUGGUUCUUUUCGAAAGUGGUGAAGUUGUAGUAUUUCAAGGCCGCUAUCCAACUUCUUCGGUUGACAUUUGCUGGAGUAUCAAAUCUGUGUAUGAAAAGUGCUCAAACUUCACAUCUAUUAAACUUUCAAUUCCUACACCUAAUGUACCCUCUCUUGUCCCAACUAUGAUUCACAUUCAAUCGACUUCUUAUUUUCUUGCUGGUUACAUUGAUCCUAAUAGCAAACGAACGAUGCUUAAACAACCUGUUUCAGUCACUCAAUUGGCAUGGAAUAAUCAAACUGUUUCCGAUUUAAUCCUCUGCUAUGAAAUAGAAGAACAAAGUCAUGAUGAAACUAAUGUUGUACUUCCUGCACCUAGUGCUUGGCAGGUUUUCUGUUCUCGUUCACAAUCUUUGCUUUUAAUGUUAAGUUGCUUCGGAAUUCUGUUACUUUUAGUUUAUCAACUAACUUUACCACUUGAAGCAGUAACUGAUCAAGCCUCGUUUUUGACUACACCUUUGCCAAAGAAUUUUGAAAACCAUGAAAAUUUGAGAAGCUUGCAAAUCAAACUCUUACAAGCUCAAGCGUUCAAUCAGAAACUGCAAGAGCAGCAUCAAACAAUAACAAAGGAAGUACACAAAACUGUAUCUGUUACUAGUUGUACAAACACCGAAUAUAUUGCCUCACCUACGAAACUUUCCAGUUUAGAGCUUGAAAAGCAACAGUUUCAAAAUGCGUUUGGAUUUUUGCGUUUCAACAAGAAAAACAAUGCAACGAAUUGA